GUCAACGCGUUUGCCUGUGUGCCGCACUCAGCUUAGUUACACACUGUUAUCGCUACUAUGUCAGACGUCGAAAUGGAGCAUGGAGGACUCGCCUACGACCCGGAUCAAGAUCCUGACGAAAAACGACGCGUGCGGAAAGGUUAUCGAGACUUCGACAAGAAAUUUGAAGGGAGUACCCAAUACUCCACCGAAUGGCUUAUGGAAGGUGUUAAGCAGAGCGAUGAGAUGUUUCGACAUGUGAAGAAUCCCGGCGAAGCCACUCUUGAUUCGAAUAUUUUAGUCCGGCUGACGACCACCGCCCAUCAAAAUGCUCGUAACCUGAAGUCAGGCUCUGGCGCCUUUGAUGUGGACGACUUUGUUUCCCGACUUGUCACCUUCAUGGGUGGACGCAAGAUAGAAAAACGAAAUCCCAACUUCUCGGAUGACGACAGCGACGACGAAUCUCCCCUAGAAUGGGAGAAAAUUGGAAGAAAAGCCCUCGCAAAGAGCCGGCGAGUGCCUGUCGUUGGAUUCAUGCUUGGUCCCCUCUCGGUCGAACAAAAGAAGCGAGCUGCUGUCAAACGUGCAAAACUCGAGAAAAAUAAGGCUGACGAGAGAAAGCCUCAGGAAUUGAAGGAGGAAGACAUUUCGCGAUCCGAGAAUGAGACGACAAAGAACGUGUCUAUAGUGAGCCUCAGCUUCGCAUCUCGUAGUCCACCUGAAGUCUUUUCGACGCACCCAGAUCGCCAAACGUCUCGAGGAAGAGGGGGAGAUAAACUUGUUCCGUUUUGUCAUUAAUCCAAAUGAUUUUGCACAAUCGGUCGAGAAUAUGUUUUACCUCUCUUUUCUGAUCAGGGAUGGGAAGGUCGCACUGGAAUCCAACGAGCACGGAGAGCCCAUGAUUUAUAUGUGCAGUCAACCAUCCCAAGAAGACUUUGAGAAUGGAUUACGGAAGCGUCAGCUUGUGUUUGAAUUUGACAUGGAAACUUGGAGGCAAGCCAUUGAAGUCUUUAACAUAAAGAAACCGAAAAUUCCGCAGCGGGCACCCUCAAAGAUGAGAAUUGGUGAUAAGUGGUAUGGUUAAAUGGCGCACUUUGACUCUUUUCCUUCCACCGUGCUCCUAUUUUUACUCCUAAAGCACUAAUUUACUGUACUUAUUUUGCGUAAAUCUCACUGGUCCAUGUAUCUCUUCACAUUGAAUAAGCAAAACCUCUUGCAAGCUC